UCUCGAACCAUCCCUAUUUAACGCAUAUCCUCUCCGCAAGACUCCGCCCCCACGCAACCGAGUAGCGAACGUGCCUGUCUUAAGCCUUAACCUCACCGGCCUCCGCUCGUUUCCGUAAUCUGGAGUCUCUCCCGCUCCCAAGUAUCGUCCCCUUGAAACCCCCUAUCUUUCUUGGAAAUUCCAAACUCUUAUCCUCUUUUCCGUCUCCUGCUUCGGCUCCCCUUCGUCGACGCGGCCGAUGAGUUGGUUGGGGAAACUCGGGUUAGGGUUCGGGAGCCGCGGGGGGCUCUCGACGGAGGCGUCGUCGGCGAUCGCGCAGGGGCCGGACGAGGACGUGCCGGCUCCGGGGCAGGAAUUCGCGCAGUUCGGGGCGGGGUGCUUCUGGGGGGUGGAGCUCGCGUUCCAGAGGGUGCACGGGGUGACCAAGACCGAGGUCGGAUACAGCCAGGGGAACCUCCACGAGGUCACCUACGAGGAUAUCUGCACCGGGGCCACCAACCACUCCGAGGUCGUCCGGGUUCAGUACGAUCCCCGGGAGUGCAAGUACGAGGACCUGCUUGGGGUGUUCUGGGCGCGGCAUGACCCUAGCACCCUCAAUCGUCAGGGAAAUGACGUUGGUACCCAAUACCGGUCUGGAAUAUAUUUUUAUACAGCAGAGCAGGAAAAAGCUGCCAAGGAAUCUCUUGAGAACCACCAGAAGAUCAUGAAUAGGAAGAUUGUGACAGAAAUCCUUCCUGCAAAAAAAUUCUACAGGGCAGAGGAGUACCAUCAGCAGUACCUUGAGAAAGGUGGGCGCUUUGGUUCUAAACAGUCAGGCGCCAAAGGCUGCAAUGACCCUAUUCGAUGCUAUGGUUAAAAUAGGGAACCACAAACACCUUUUGCCACUGUAAUCCCUGGUUGCUUUCACCAGUUUGACGUAUCAAAGUUAUGUUUCAUAUAUAUUGUUCCUGAGUCAAUGGAUUAUGUCCUUGUGAUGCAUUUUGGUUUUUAGCACAUACAGCUUGCAUAUAUCCACGCACGUGCUUGUGGUCUCGGAUGUUACUGUUUAUAUAGCAUGAUUCUACAUUUGUGUAUAUGAUAUGAUUCCAUGCUGA